CUCAUCAUCAUCAUCAUUAUCAUCAUCAUCAUCAUCAUCAGCAUCAUCACAGACAUCGGCAGGAAGGCUGUGGAUGUUUCAGCUGCUGGUCGCUAUGUGACACCGGCACCACAGCAAAAGUCGCCCCCCUGGGAGAAAUACAAGCGUUUACAGGAGGUCAGCAGUGAGGGCGGGGGCGAGGUGCUCCCACUGCCGGAGCAGGCGGGGCCGCAGACGCGCUCGGUGUUUCUCGGCCAGCACUAUCCCGGAGCGAGCGGAGGAGCGAAGGGUGCCGUUGACAGCGCCGGAGCGUCGUAGCGGGGGCCGGAAGGAGGCAGACCUGCCGCUUUUUAAUGAGGUGCUGGCUGUCAGGCUCUGCUAAAAGUGUCGCCUGGAUGCAGCAUCGCAUCGUCGCAUCUUCCCGAGCGCAGGAAGGAGACGAGCGAGGAGCAAAGAGAACAAAACCCGUACGGGAUGGAGGGCAGCUUGGAUGACAGCAUCUCAGCAGCCAGCAUGUCGGAUGUGCACGACCGCCUGUCUGCGCUGGAGUUGCGGCUCCAGCAGCAGGAGGACGAGCUGAUGGUGGUGAAGGCGGCACUGGCUGACGUGCUCCGGCGCCUACCCCUCCCCGAGGAGCCGGUCCCCUCCAGGAGACCCCCCGGCAAGGGUGUCAGCUUGAUGCGCGAGGCCUUCUCCAUGUCCUGCAUUGCUAAUGGGGUCGCCGUCAGCCGCAAGCCAGGCCACAGAGACGGAUCCUCUGUGUCUGUUGCCAGGAAGGAGACUUUCUCCUCUGCAGCCAAGAGACCCCGUGACCUUGUGAUCAGCCAGGAGGGCGACUACAUCAAGAUGUUCCUGCGGGGCCGUCCUAUCACCAUGUAUGUCCCAUCUGACGUUGGCAACUACGAGGAUGUCCGGGUCGAGCUCCCAUCUGAGACCCUCAAGCUGGAGUGGGUUUACGGUUACCGAGGCCGUGAUGCUCGCUCCAACGUGCAGCUGCUGCCCACCGGCGAGGUCGUCUACUUCAUCGCCUCAGUGGUCGUGCUCUUCAACUACGAGGAGCGAACUCAGCGGCACUACCUGGGACAUACCGACAGCGUCAGAUGCCUGGCUGUUCAUCCUGAUAAGAUCCGCAUUGCCACAGGGCAGACUGCUGGGGUGGACAAGGACGGACGGUCUCUGCAGCCUCAUGUCCGUGUAUGGGACUCGGUUACUCUGUCCACCCUGCAGGUCUUUGGGGUGGGCACCUUCGAGAGGGGUGUGGGCUCCUUGGCCUUCUCCAAAGCUGAUUCAGGUGUCCAUCUCAGCGUGAUCGAUGAUUCCAACGAGCACAUGCUGACGGUCUGGGACUGGCAGAAGAAGUCCAGGAUAGCUGAGAUUAAGACCACGAACGAGAUCGUGCUGGCGGUGGAGUUCCACCCCACAGACACCAGCAUCAUCGUCACCUGUGGCAAAUCGCACGUCUUCUUCUGGACGUGGAGCGGCUCCUCGCUGACACGCAAACAAGGCAUCUUCGGGAAAUACGAGAAGCCCAAGUUCGUGCAGUGUCUGGCUUUCCUCCCCAGCGGCGACGUCUUGACGGGCGACUCGGGGGGUGUUCUGCUGGUGUGGAGUCGUAAUGUCGCAGUGGACCCUGCUCCGAAAGCAAACACCUUCCAGAUCAGCCGGCAGCUAAAGGCACACGAGGGCAGUGUUUUCACCAUGUGCCAGCUGAGGAACGGCACCGUGAUCACGGCGGGGGCCAAGGACCGCAGGGUCAUCCUGUGGGACCAUGACCUCAGCCCCGAGAGGGACAUCGAGGUGCCUGAGCAAUACGGAGCCGCCCGCGCCCUGGCUGAGGGGAAGGGGGAGCAGUUUUUGGUCGGCACGUCCCGCUGCUUCAUUCUGAGGGGCACAUUCAAUGAUGGCUUCCAAGUGGAGGUGCAGGGUCACAUAGAUGAGCUGUGGGGCCUGGUCUCCCAUCCUUUCAAGCAGCUCUUCCUCACCUGCGCUCAGGACAGACAAGUGUUCUUGUGGAACGCAGAGGACCACUGUCCAGAAUGGAGCAGAGUCCUGGAAGAACCAGGACACUGUGCAGAUUUCCACCCCGGGGGCGCUGUUGUGGCCAUUGGAAGUCAUUUGGGAAAGUGGUACGUCCUGGACGCAGAGACGAGGGACCUGGUCGCCAUCCACACUGACGGGAGCGAGCAGCUGUCUGUCAUUCGGUACUCCACAGAUGGCACGCUGCUGGCAGUGGGGUCACAUGACACCUUUAUUUACCUGUACACCGUGUCGGAGAAUGGGAGGAGGUACAGCAGAUACGGCAAAUGCACUGGCCACUCCAGCUACAUCACUCACCUUGACUGGUCCCUGGAUAACAGCUUCAUCAUGUCUAACUCUGGAGACUAUGAAAUCCUGUACUGGGACAUCCCAAACAGUUGCAGGCUGAUCAGGAACCGCUCAGAGUGUAAGGAUGUGGACUGGGCCACAUACACGUGCGUGCUGGGAUUCCAGGUGUUUGGGGUGUGGCCCGAGGGCUCGGACGGCACAGACAUCAAUGCCCUGGUCCGCUCUCACGGUCGGAGGCUCAUCGCCCUGGCGGACGACUUCGGCAAAGUGCACCUCUUCCGGUACCCCUGCUCCAGGCCCAAGGCCCCAAGCCAUAAGUACAGUGCCCACAGCAGUCAUGUGACCAACGUUAGCUUCCUGUGUAACGACAGCCACCUGCUGUCCACUGGGGGCAAAGACACCAGCAUUAUGCAGUGGCGCCUGAUGGAGAAGACCCAUCCCCUGGGCCCAGUGGAGGGCCUGUGCCUUGGACUGGGGGAGGGGAUGAGCCAUAAUCCUGCCCCCUGGGGCAGAACCUUAGCAUCCGCAACUGCAGACUGCACCCAGUUCGUGAGCGCAGCCACGCCCUCCACGUUCGACCAGCAGAAACUCUCCCCCGGCACACCGUCCACCUCCGGGAGCACGCUGAGCGCUGAGGACAGUCUGGAACAGCGCAGUGACGACACGACCACUCCUGUGGAUGAGCACGCCCCCUCGCUGCCCUCCUAAAGACCCAAAGCUCCCCCUGGUGGCUGCUGUGUUACUGCAGCCAAGAGAGAGAGACAGACCUCAUAGUUUGUCUCUUAUUUUUGCUUAUAAAAACAACUGGAAUCCUCCUGGUUUACUAUGGCUUCAGAUUAAAGAGUGUUUUACUUUUAAUAUACCUGGAGAAGUGAGAAGAGGUUUGUAAAGAGUGUUAUACGGAGCACACGUAAAUGGGGAGAAAUGGGAGUUUUAUUCAUCAAACACGCUGCAGUACCUGCACCCUCCUGCAGGUGUCUCACUUUGACUGAUGAGGAAGACGCCAGAGUGCCCCAACACUCUGACCAGGCGUUGUCUUGGUGACAUCACCAGGGGUGGGUCAAAGGGGAAAAAAAUAUACAUUCAUUUUAGUCCUGAUUAUUUCAUAGUCUGUUUAUUGUUCAGUUUUUCCUCAAGUGUUUCUUUUUCAUUGGUUUUGAAUAGUGUCUGAAAGAUUGGAAAUGGGGAGGACUGGGGGUGUGAUUAAUCACCACAUGCAUGGCCGGACAUCUAGCAGAUAGCUGCUGUCUCAUAUUGCAGCCUCAUAAUUCACUUCAGUAUGACAGGGGGCGCUGUUGCUUAAAGCUUCGCUCUGACGUUGAGAACGGAGUGACGUCAUCCUGGGAAAGGGGGGGAGCAGGAUUAGCAUCUGAUUGCGUUUGUCUGCCUGUAUUAAUGGCAGUAGGUGGUCAGGAAUGUGACACAGUGUAACUUAGGGUGUAACUUAUGCAGAGUGAAGCUGGCCAGUGUUACUUGCAGACUCUGGGUGUUCGAGGACCCAGGAAGGUGACGAAACCGCCGAAAUCUCAGGCAGAGACUCAGAGAGCACAGAGUCUCCCCCCAGGUCCACUGCAGCCGCCACAUGUACUUCCUGUCUGUUGGGGGCGGCGUCUGCGACCUGCUGUGUUUGGGAGGCAUCAGUGUCAAGAUUGGGGUUAUUAAUGACACCCAGUGAGGUGUAGUGACCUCUUCUAUUGUGCAUGAACUGUAACAGUAAACUCCAUGUUACGGCCCACUGUAACAUGGACUUUAGGUGCAUAGUAAUGAUCAGAGUGAGGCCUGGACAGCAGAUGCCAAAAUAAAGCGUUUUAACAUGACAGUAA